AAUAUAUCGCAUUCUCUUUCCUUUCCUAACAUUGCUUUAGGAAAUCCCUCUUCCCUAAUUCGGAUUUUGAUUCUUCUUCUUUUCGGUCCCUGUUCGUCGAAAGAUUUCGUCGGAGUGAAAGAGAUUGGAAAAUCGCCACGGAGCGACGAGAGAUCCAGUUCGGAGAAUCACGGCGGAGCGGCGAGAGAUACGGGAAUAGUUAGACAAGUCAUCAGAAUCAGCGAUUCCGAUCUCCCUCCUCAAUCGCUUCGAUUGAAAGGCGAUUCCAGUCUCCCUCACUCGAUCUGGCUGAUGAGACGAUUCUCUGGUAUUCCUCACUUACGCCGACUGAAAGGUGAUACUUGAAUUUCUUUUUCUCGCUCGCACUCUCCCUUGCUCGAUCUAAAUUUCUUAUGGAAGCAAAGAGGCAUCUUGGAGAGAUUCUAUCCGCCUUGAAUUUAUGGACAGUGUCGCGAUGGAUGUGGGUUAGAGAUAUUAAUGGGCAUGUGAGCAGCAUUGCACCAAGGUUCCAAGAUGGUCUUAAAGCCUUCUCUUACAUUAUGGAGUUCCCUUGUAGAUCCGCUGCUGGUGAAGGUCCCCUGGUUUCUUUUUGUGGAUCAGAUGAUGUUAUUAGAGUUCUUUGAUGAUCUCGUGGAAGCUUGUACACAGAUACACGUGAGGUCAUAAAGGCGCCAUAGCUUGCUUGAUGACCUUCAUGGCUUCCUCUGGUGAGGUAGUUCUUUCAUUCCAGUGCUGCAUUGAUUUUGAUAUAUAUUUGAAAUCAUGCUUAGCACUUCUAAAGAACGCAUCAUGUAUGCUCUCAUUUGAGCUCAUAUUGAUCUGUAACUCGGAAUGAUUUGCCCACGAUUAUAAUUAGCACU